AUGACGGUGGCUAUUGUAACAGGUGCAUCACGGGGUAUCGGCCGGGCGAUAGCCCUACAAUUGGCGGACGAUGGCAUGGAUAUCGCGGUCAACGACAUUGAAGAGCAGCUUCCACAAUUAGAAUCGCUGAAGUCCGAGAUCGAGCAGAAGGGCCGUCGUUCUAUGUGUGUGGUAGCAGACGUCAGCAACGAAGACCACGUCCAGAGUAUGGUUAAAAAGACUGUCGAGGCACUUGGAGAGCUGAACGUGAUGAUUGCGAAUGCGGGAAUCAUCGUACCCAAGCGCCUUCUGGAGCUCAGCCUGCACGAAUGGGAGAAGGUGCAGUCUGUCAAUGCGACAGGAGCUUUUCUCUGCUACAGAGAAGCAGGACGCCAGAUGAUCGCACAGGGGAAAGGCGGCAAGAUUAUCGGCGCCUGUUCCAUUGCUGGCUAUCGACCGUCGGGAAAUGCACUGGCAUAUUCCGUGAGUAAAUGGACAAUCAGGGGAUUAACUCAGGCAGUCGCACUUGAUUUGGCUGAACACAAUAUCAAUGUAAAAACGAAGAUGUUAAUGGUACAGAGGUAUCCCUUCGAGUGCAUAUUCAACAGAAAACUGACCAAGUAUAAAACAACCCAGCAUAUUGUCCAGGCCCAGUGGCCACAGAUAUGUGGGAAAAGAUUGACGCCAGUGUCGCGCAGCGGCGUGGCCUAG